AUGGGCUGCCACUUUCUGACAAAGUAUCUUACUUUCGGCUCCAGAUUCGACAUUUCGCCAGAAAGCAAAGGAUAUAGGAAGCAUGACGGUCUAUUAAAGGCAAAUGUGUACAAACGAGAGCAUUUCCAACGGAAGGCUAUGAUGUCUCCCGGGAGUAUCAAGCCAAGCACAUGUUGA